AUGUCGGCCCGCUCACUCGUCUCUAGCACACUCUUCCGAGCCGUCUCGGCCAGGAGCGCCACUUCGUCCAGCUUCAGAGUUGCGACAGCGGCUCCCGUCGGCGUGCGCACUUUCUCUCACUCGGUCGCCAGGUCGUCUGCGCGACCCACAAUCCAGGGUGAUGGAAAGGGCGAUCGCGUCAACUCUGUGAGCCCCUUUAUCGAGUUGGCUGGCUCGAACCCUGUCGACAAGUACACCGACAUUGCAGGGCCUUUGCACGAUUUCGGCAGCUAUAUCACUUCUUGUCUGCCUCGAUUCAUCCAGCAGUUUAGCGUUGUCAAGGACGAGCUCACCCUGUAUGUUGCACCGGACGCGGUGAUUCCGACUCUGAGUUUCCUGCGCGAUCACACGCAGACACAGUUUCGAGCGUGCAUGGACAUCAGCGGUGCAGACUAUCCGACGCGUUCGCAACGCUUCGAGGUGGUCUACCACCUGCUUUCGGUGCAGUACAACGCGCGAAUCCGCGUCAAGACGUAUGCAGACGAGGUACAUCCGGUACCCUCGGCAACUGCCGUCUUCCGAUCCGCAGACUGGUACGAGCGCGAAAUCUGGGACAUGUACGGCGUCUUUUUCAUCGGCCACCCAGACCUCAGAAGGAUCUUGACCGAUUACGGCUUCGAAGGUCACCCGCUCAGGAAGGACUUCCCGCUCACAGGUUAUACCGAGGUCAGGUACGAUGAGGAGAAGAAGAGGGUCGUCAGCGAACCCCUGCAGUUGACCCAGGCGUUUAGGAACUUUGAGGCCAACAGCCCGUGGGAACAGGUUGGCGAGGGUGAGAGCUACAAGCCCAACGCGUUUAAGCUCACCCCUCCUAAGCCAAAGGAGGAGCCCAAGAAGUAG